AGCACAAAUCCAUGCAGCUGGGAGAAAGCAAUAUAUACACUGGUCAUGUUGCUCCUCAGGCUACUUGUUCGCUAUCUCCCAGCACGAUAGUCGUAGGAAGUAUCCUCCUAAAAGCUUACCACUCUUAUGAUCGGGGAAAGUAGUACCGCGGAGUAUUCGAGCCGUAUGUCAAUGGAACGAGACGCCUCGAGGUCCACAUUACAUGGGGAUGAUACUACAGAUAUACCUCUGCAGGAAAGGAGUGAGAAGGAUCCCAACUCGAAGGCCAAAUCAGACGACAUUGUGCGCACAAGCGAAGAACCCGCAGGACAAGAUGUUGAUGUCCUCGUAGUGGACUGGGAAGGCCCGAAUGACCCGCAAAAUCCAAAGAAUUGGACGUACAAGAAGAAAUGGGCGGCGACCGCUAUCGUGUCUGCCUUUACGUUCAUCACUCCCGUUUCCUCUUCUAUGGUAGCCCCAGCUUCCGGGCAAGUCACAGAAGAGUUUGGAAUUCAUAGUACUGUUACAGAGGCCUUGACUAUAUCUGUAUUUGUUCUUGCGUAUGCUUUUGGACCCUUGUUCUUGGGCCCGCUUACAUGGAAUCUAGGAUGCGGGUUCGCUCAGAACACGGGUCAACUCAUUGCCUUCCGGUUUCUCGCUGGACUUGGCGGCAGUGCACCAUUAUCCGUGAGUCAUAACGCCGACAUUUUCAGACCACAUAACCAUAUCUGCAGAUACAUUCAGAUCGGUGGUGGUGUUUUAGGUGACUGUUGGAAAACAGAAGAGCGAGGACAGGCUAUCGCCCUUUACUCUCUCGCACCUCUUCUCGGUCCUGUAGUGGGUCCUAUUGCUGGUGCAUGGAUUGGCGAGAAGUCUACUUGGCGAUGGGUGUUCUGGUCGACGACUAUAGUAGAUGCCGCCAUCCAAGGACUCGGAUUGAUCUUCCUCAAAGAAACAUACGCACCCGUUCUUCUCGAACGGAAGGCCGUUCAGAUAAGGAAGAGCAUGGAUCCUGAGAAAACCGAUGUACGAGAAGUUCGUACCGUAUACGACGGAGCAGACCGACAUUGGAGACAUAUUGUUGCAAAGGCUCUUGUGCGACCAUUUGCGCUCUUUGCUCGUGAACCCAUCAUACAACUUCUUGGAUUAUACAUGGCUUUCAUCUAUGGCUUGCUGUAUUUAUUCCUAACAUCGAUACCUGGGAUUUUCCAAGGUAUAUACCACCAACCAGUUGGUAUUGCUGGCCUACAUUACAUCGCACUCGGAGUUGGACUCACGGGCGCAUCUCAAUUGAACGCCCGGUUCAUGGAUAGGAUAUAUAUCCACCUAUCAAAGAGAAGUGGAGGGAAAGGAAGGCCCGAGUACCGAUUGCCUGCCAUGCUUCCUGGCACUAUCUUGUUGCCUAUAGGAUUGUUCAUAUCAGGUUGGACUGCACGCGCAGACAUACACUGGAUUGCUACUGAUAUCGGUAUCGCGUUGGUCGGCGCCGGCAUGAUCCUAAACUUCCAAUCAAUACAAACUUACGUGAUUGAUGCUUUCACCCUUCACGCUGCCUCAGCCCUUGCCGCGGUCGCAUUCUUUCGCUCCCUGUGUGGGUUCGGCUUCCCUUUGUUUGCUCCAUCGAUGUAUAACACGCUUGGGUAUGGGAAAGGAAACACGAUAUUGGCUGUUGUAUCGAUCGUCAUUGGAUGCCCUGCACCAUGGAUAUUCUGGAAGUACGGCGAGCGGAUACGAAACUCAAGCAAAUACGCUCGCACGUCUUAAUGACGGUCAUCUAUUACCCCUCCCUCUUUCCUUGACCAUCUUGGUGACGCUCCACUGCCUUCGCUUGCAAGGCGAGCAAGACGUCCCUCCGGAAUUCUAGCUCAGUAACUUCGAGCCCAUACGUACUGUACUAUCUGCUGUCAUCGACUUCCUUUAUCACGCGAAUUUUGGCUUAUCUCGCUUUCGCAUCGGACUCGUAUGGAAUAUACCAAUGACCUUUUAUGACUCACGCACUACUUACUCACCUAUAACGCAUCUGAUGGCAUUACUCUGGUAUCGUGGUUAGGAGUACGCCGCAUAAUAGACAUAUCCUGCUGUACUCACUCCU